AUGGAAAGUCAGAAUGCGAACAAAUGGAGGGAAGCGAUGUUGAAUGAACUUGAGAGCAUGAAGAAUAAUCAAGUAUGGGAAUUAGCUAAACCCCACAAGAGCCAGAAAUUGGUAGGAUCGAAAUGGGUUUUCAAAACAAAGAAAGAUAAGGAUGAAAGAAUCAAAAUGUUUAAGGCUAAAUUGGUAGCCAAAGGAUUUACCCAAAAAGAGGAAAUUGAUUAUAUUGAGACAUUUUCUCCAGUUUCCACCAAAGAUUUUUCCGCAUCAUUAUGGUUUUGGUGGGCCAUUAUGACCUACUUUUACAUCAAAUGGAUUUAA